AUGUUCCAAUCAGUCAGCAAGCGGUGUUUCACCAUCGAGUCUCUGGUAGCGAAGGACAGCAGCCCCCUGUCACCCCCGGACGAGCCGCUCCGACCCACCGCUGUCACCUACUCGCCGCCGGCCGAUGCAUUCGCCAGCAGUUUCCCGACAGCGGGCCGCUCCCUGUACUCGGGGCCCGAGCUGAUGUUCCAGGAGUCGGUCAGUCACAGCCCGCUGUCUGUGCACCCUCACCAGCUCGGAGCUCACCACCUGCAGAACCCGCAUCCUUUCUUCACCCCCCAGCACAGAGACCCGCUCAACUUCUACCCCUGGGUCCUCAGGAACCGAUUCUUCGGACACAGAUUCCAAGGGGCUGACUCUGCCCAUGACACCAUGUUACUACACGGCCCGUUCGCCAGGAAACCCAAGCGAAUCCGAACUGCCUUCUCACCGUCUCAGCUGCUCCGCCUGGAGAGAGCCUUUGAGAAGAAUCACUAUGUGGUGGGCGCCGAGAGAAAGCAGCUCGCCAGCAGCCUGAGCCUGUCCGAGACCCAGGUGAAGGUGUGGUUCCAGAACAGGAGAACGAAAUACAAGCGUCAGAAGCUGGAAGAGGAAGGGCCUGAGUCCCAGCAGAAAAAGAAAGGCUCCCAUCAUGUCAACCGCUGGAGACUGGCCACCAAACAGUCCAGUCCCGAGGACAUUGACGUCACCUCUGAGGACUAG